UUUUCCUUAAUGUUUUGUGAAGAAUCGCUCCCUAGUAUUUGCAUGAAUUACAUAUGUUAAAAAAGUGGUCUAACUGACAAACGUUUUCAUCUAACAAGACUAGUUAAUAUUUUGAUUAAUUUCAGACAGUAUAAAUGCAGCAUGUCCUCAGAGAUGGACCCACAUGGGCGACUCAUGUUAUUUCUUUAAUGGCGACAAAAUGACAUGGCAUGAUGCUAUGGAGUGGUGUACAUCUAAGGGCGGAUAUCUGGCUGAAAUAAACAAUAAACAGGAAAGCGACCAGCUCGAAAAAGUAGCAGCUAGUUGGCAUUUGGGAAACAUUACACAAUAUGAAUUUUAUUGGUUAGGAGCUCAUGAUGAACAAACAGAGGGUGUCUGGGUUUGGGAAACUAGUCAGAAAAGUCUUUCUUAUACCGACUGGUAUCCAGGUGAACCAAAUAGUUAUGCUGGGCACGAAGAAGAUUGUUUAGCCCUUUUCAGUCUCACAAGAUUUCACUGGGUAGACUAUGAAUGUCAUAAAUUGACAAAUUUUAUUUGUGAAAGUCCCUUCUUAGAGACAUCGACAAUGGCGUCAACAGAAGGCAAUUAAAAUAUAAUCCAAUCUUGUUGCUCAGUCUUUAGUUUUAAUGUAGUGUUUUGUAGACUGGCUUUUUUAUUACAUUCCUCGGCUAUGUACAUGUAUAUAGUUUAGUUGAAGUA